AGUGCUACCGAUGCUAGGCUAGCUGUCGUUAGCUACCGGGAGCGGACAUGUUGUACGGACCCUUCCCUGAAUAAACAUCGCUAUUAGCCGGGAAUCGGGAGUUUAGGGGGAGACUCUGAGCGGUGGGCAAACAUGGAUGCCGUCAACGCCUUUAACCACGAGUUAUUCUCAUUGAUGGACUCCAAGCCCCCAAUCUCUCGGGCAAAGAUGAUCUCAAUCACCAAAUCGGCCAUCAAAGCUAUGAAACUCUACAAACAUGUGGUCCAGAUUGUGGAAAAGUUUAUCAAAAAGUGUAAGCCUGAGUACAAGAUAGCGGGCCUCUACGUGGUGGAUUCCAUUGUUCGGCAGUCCAGACACCAGUUUGGAUCAGACAAGGACGUGUUUGGCCCAAGGUUCACCAAAAACAUUACAGGAACCUUUGAGAACCUCUGCCUUUGCCCAGUAGAGGACAGGAGUAAGAUCGUGCGGGUGUUGAACCUGUGGCAGAAGAAUGGGGUUUUCAAGAUUGAGGUUAUUCAGCCCCUCCUGGACAUGGCAGCUGGCUCUACCAGUGCUGCUGCACCUUACACAGGCUCAGAUGAUCCAGGUUCUUCCCCACCUCCAGCCAAAGAGCCAGUUACUGCGAUAACGGCAAAUUCCACCAUGACAUCCACUGCCCAGCUGCAAAACACUGAUGCCUUUGCUGCUGUGGCACAGCUCUUCCAGUCCACGCAGGGUCAGCAGGUGUGUCUUCAACAGAUGCUCCAGAACUUCCAGCAGCAGCCAGUGAAGCUUGACACCAACACUCAGCCUUCUGUCCAUACCAGUCAAUCACAGCCCCAAAACGUUUCCACUGGCCUGGCCAUGGUCGCCCCGCAACUGCCUCUGCUCUCCCAAGCCAACCAAGCCUCCCAGCAAAAGACAGCCUUUGACAAGGUGGAAAAAUUGCUGGACCGUUUUGACUAUGAUGAUGAACCAGAAGUUGGAGAGGAAUCAAAGAAGGAUGAAUCCCAUGCCUCCUUUAUGCAGCAGCCUCCAGCCUUCCAACAGCACUUUAAACCUCCAAUGAUUAACAUGUUGCAAGACCUUUCACAACAGGUCCCUCUGCCUCCUAAUGGCCAGCUCCAGGCCUAUGGUUUACCGCCAGUACAAAACUUCCCAGUUAUGAUGCCUCCUUUGGGGCAUGCUUUGCCAGGGCAGCCCCUCCCUGGUUCUAUUGGGCCUCCAGGCUUCCCAGGGCUAUACCCUCCCCAGAAUAUUGCCCAGCAACAACAGGAUUUGUCAAUUGAUAUGGACCACUCAUCUACGAGGGAUGGCAGACACGGUCGACGAUCACACUCAGGCUCCAGGUCUCCAAAGCGGAGGAGGUCACGGUCUAAUUCCAGAACACGACGAUCCAGACACAGGCGAUCACGCUCACGCUCCAGAGACCGGCGUCACCAUUCCCCGCGCUCUCGCUCACUGGAGCGCAGGGAGAGAGAGAAGGAGAGAGAGCGGCGGCAGAAAGGCCUUCCAAUACCCAAGAGCGAGACACUAAGCAUAUGCAGUACAACUCUCUGGGUGGGCCAGUUGGACAAGAGAACGCAACAGCAAGAUGUUGCCUGUUUACUGGAAGAGUUUGGGCCGAUAGAGUCCAUCAAUAUGAUCCCUCCACGUGGCUGUGCCUACAUUGUCAUGAUACAUAGGCAGGAUGCCUUCAAGGCUCUGCAGAAGCUGAGUAGGGGGUCUCACAAAGUGAACCAGAAAUCCAUCAAGAUUGCUUGGGCUUUGAACAAGGGCAUAAAGGCGGAGUUUAAACAGUUCUGGGACGUGGAGCUGGGUGUCACUUACAUACCAUGGUCUAAAAUCAGAGAGGCUCAGGUGGAGGAGCUCAAAGAAGGAGGCAUUCUGGAUGUAGAAACCGUAUCACCAGAGUGGAGUGGAGUGAGGAAGACUCUUGGCCUCCAGGAGGAACUCACCCACAACGGUCGUUCAGAGCUACAGCAGCCUGAGGAAACACAAGUGUUACCUCUGGCUGCCGCAGCUGGUCCUCCUGCACAGGUUCCUCCAAUGCAGCAGCCAAUGGUUGGUGUUGGUCCUCUCCAGCCUCCUGUUUUUCCUGGUCCCAUAGGCAUGCCUCCGCCUUCCUUCCCCCCAGGCCCCCCUCCUCCUUUCAUCAGACCUGGCUUCAACCCCAUGCAGAUGCCUCCAGGUUUCCCUCCGCCAGGUGCCAUGCCUCUUGGUCCCCCACCUUCCUCCAAAGGUGGAGUUGAAGACCAGCAACUGGACUCGAUCGGUCUGGGCAACAGGAAAAAUGACGAGGUCCAAGACGGUCACAACAUCUUCAACAACCAGAUGGGACCUAUGGGUAACCAGUUAGGUGGACCUCCAGGUUCCCUCCCCGGUGCUCCUCCUGGAAACAUCCAACCCCCUCCUGGUGGUCUGCUUGGAGCACGGCCCGGUAUAAUCCCACUCCAGCGUCCUCCGGUUCCCCCACCACCACACAUGCAGCGUUUCCCUCCACCCCACGGGCCACGACCCCCUCACCCCAACAUGCCACCUAUGCCCCCACAGAUGAUUGCCAGAGGGCCACACCCUCAGAUGAUGCACCACGACCCCUCUCCACUUAAAGGAGGCUUCGGAAUGAUGUCUCCCCACAAUAUGAGGCCUCCUUUCCCUCCACAUGGGCAGGGUCCUCCUCCUCAAGGUCCUCCUCCUUUUAUCAGACCAGGGGGACCUCGUGGACCAGAAGGGCCAGAAGAAAUGGACGUCAGACCAUUUAGGGGAGACAGGCCUGGAUUCAGGGAAAGAGAGCCAGAGAGGGACAGGGAGUGGGAUCGAGACAGGGAUAGAGAGAGGGACCGAGGUUUUGGAGGAGGAAGGCGUCCAUUUGGUGAUGGCGGGAGGGGAGGAGGUGGUGAUAGAAUGGAUGGAAGGGACCGACUCGGGGGCUGGCAAGAAGAUGGAGGAGGUCAGCGUGGAGGAGGAUGGGAGAGAGACAAAGACCGGGACAGAGACAAAGACCGGGAGAGAGACCGCGAUCGAGACAGAGACAGACGGGACUGGAAGGAGAGGCGCAACAGCCUUGAUGGCGACAAGGAGCGAGGGAGGAGUGAUGAUGGGGAAAGGGAUCGAGGGAGGGGAGAGGGAGGAGAAAGGGGAAAGGUAGAAGGAGGGACUCGAGAAAGAGGGAGAGGAGCUGAAGGAAAGGAAGGGGACAGGCCGAGGCGGUCAGAGAGGCGAGAGAGGGCCACACGAUGGGACAGGGAUGAUCGAUUGGCUGAACUGGAAAACGUGGAAAGAUUUCAGACCCCUGAUGCAACAGAGCAAACUCCUGUGACUCCUGUGGUAACUAUGGAAACCACUAAAGAACCAAGCGUGGAAGCUUCUGAAAAGAAGGCAGAUUCUGAACUUCUAGCUCCGUCUCCAGAGGUAACACCCGCUGCAGGAGAGCGGAUGCCCUCUGUGCCCUCACCCUCGGCUCAAAGUGAGCCCACAGAAACAAAACAGGAAGCAGCGUCAUAGACUGGUUCACUGCUCCUUCAGCCUGAGACUGCUGUAAACCACUGAAUGAUUUGAAAUUGUGUUUUUCACAAUGAAAAGCAGCCUCAACCCCUGGCAUAGGAAUUCGGCACGUCACAGUUUGUCAGUUGGUAAUUGACAGUUGGGCAGUAACACGUCUUGAAAACAAACAUCCUCCACACAUGUUGUCAAACACGUGUUAAAAUGGUUGUUUUCAGACUGACUGGCUUAUGGUCAAAUUUGGCUUUGCGUCUUCUUCUGGAACCAUGUGACCAAAUGAAAAUCUGUUUGGUAAAAUUGCUGAGGUUAAAUAUGGGCUGUCAACUGUUUUUUCCUGUAAGUUGUAAGAAUGAACGGAGUGCUUGCAUGUUAUCAUGGCUCUGUCCAUUUUAGGAUAAUUUGAGCUCAGCUUUUAUGUUUUUACUCAAGUUGGUUUGCAGAGGGAGGAAACAAAUUACUUCUAUGACACAAAUUAAUUUUUUACUUCAUUGCCUUAUCUGUGUGAUAGCAGGCACUCCUCAACAAGGUGAAUAUUUUUAUUUUAAUACCUUUUUUUUUUAUCUGCCAAAAUGUCAUGUCAAACACUGAAUAUCUUCUUCUCAAACAACUGUUAUGAUAAUACAGGCACCAUUUCCUUUCCUUUGUUGUUUUCAUCUCCUCUUGUGUUUCAUGUCUGCUCUUCAUUGCAUGAUUACAACCAGUAAUGCACAGCAUUGAAAGGACUAUCGUGGCCUUAAAAUCCAAUCAAGUAAGUUGUAGGUGUUUGAGUGGAGAAGGAAAACUACAUAUUGGGGAAGACUUGUAGAGGUUAAUAGCACUGAGAAUUAGGCUUGCUACUUUGCUCACACAAAUUGUUUAGCUCUCCUUUUGAUCAUGUCCCCACUUUUCAUCCUUUGAUACACUUUAUUUCAGUCAGAAUAAAGUAUUGACUUCAUUCUACCAGCCACUCGGUGCAUAUUUACUGGCAAAUACUCCCCCAAAAACCACUCUCAAUACAUGGUUUUAUUUAAGUUUUUAUGUAUACCACUAGUAUUGGGACUCUUGAAUCAAACUUGGAAGUAAUUUCCCCCAAACACUCAUCAUUUUAAGAUUUAAAAUAUCAAGAAUGCUUCCCAUUCUUUGAUCAUACUGUACUUACCCAGAUGUCACUUUCGGUCAUUUAAUUCUUUAUGUGUGUGUGUGUAUAUAUCAUUUUUUUGGCAAACAUUAAACGUUGUGGGGGCUCAGAACCUAGGACUUUACAGUGGCAUAAUGUAAUUUAUUUUGCUUGACGGACAUUAUGACUGAUUUCAGAUAAAACAUUUCGACAUAACAUGCAAAAUUGACACAUUUGGGUCCGUGUGAUAUAUCUUCCCUGGAAUAUUAAUGAUCUUAAGAAAUUUGAUGUUAUACAAGUGGGCUUUGUUUCAGAAGUUUGAAUGAUCUAGACAUAUGGAUAUUAGUACUCAAAAAUAAGGAUGAGUACUUCCAUUUACAAAGAAAUUGCACCCAAAACAACUGUUCAAAACUCAUGAAAACAAACUUUAAAAAAAAGAAACUGAUAUAGUGAAUUACUUAUUCUGAUUUCUGUUUAAAGUUUGAACAGGCAAUUUUUCAAAAAAAUCCCCAAAUUGAAUUGGAAAUUCUUGGAUAUAUGUAUUCAGUAUUUUGUUUCUGCUGUCUAAAUUUCACACUGUGUAUAUAUCAUUGUUUUACAGUUAAAGAAUAAAUUAGAACAUUUUUGUAGAUCCAACUCAGAUUUAUUUAAAAGUAUUGCACUUGUGCAAGAAUUCAGGGGCAGCUGGGUGAGCAGUGUGUUUACACAAGUUAACAGACUCGAUGAGUUUUAUGUUUAUGGUGUUCUUUUGUUUUUUCCCAUGUGUAUGGGGGGAAAAAAGUGGGGCAUUCAUUUGGAUCAGACAAAAGAGCCUUCCAAUUUAUCGCAUGUGCCCCAGUCAAACUCUGAUGUCAAUUAGUUUUGGCCACAAGGAGAUACAAAAUCUAGCCCUGUAGCUGAGUUCUAUUUUGUUUUUGAUGACCACAGCUUUUAAACUUGGUGUCUGUUUCACUGCAGACAUGCUUUACCUGAAGUUGUUAACAUUUGAAGCCCAGAUUCCUCAAAGCCCAACUCUUGUUCUUGAAUUUUUUUUUAACACAAAGGCACAGAGUGCAAAAUUAAGGCGAUGAAAUGAAGACGGUUGCUUGGGACACACUGCUGUAAAUAUGCUUGUUUCACUGACGAUUCAAAGGUGUAAUGGUAUUUCUUGUUUAUGAUCCGUGAUUCGUUUAUCGUAGAGAAGGAAAUUGACUUUGAAGGAACAACAGAGGCCUCUUGCUUUAACCUUUUUUUUUUUUUUUUUUUUUUUUUUAACUGCUAAUGGUUUGAAAGUUGACAAAUGUUUCUAUGAUUUCUUAAUAACACAAAAUACAUGGACAUAAAUUCUCCAAUAUUUCAGCCAGAGGAAAUUGUUUUUAAUAAACUAU